AUGAAAGGAGAGGCAGGAGAAGGAUGGGAGAGUGCUAUUGAACCGCUAUAUGUCCGUAGUGUUGGGAUAUGGGGGAAUUUUGGUGGAACCUUUUUAAAGCCCUUGACGCCUUUGAAGUUUUUGGAAGCCUUAAAAAUCCUUAGAAAAAAGCUUGAGAUGGAAAAUGGGGAUACGAUGAGGGACAAUGGGAUAGAGUUGGAAUUGGAAUUGGAAUUGAAAUGGAAUAAUGGGAAGGGAUACGAAUCCGAUGGAUGGGAUGGCGUGGAUUUUUUGGCGCUCAGACAAAUUGGACGAUGGUUGAAGAAAGAGGAGAUGAGAUGA